CCCGUAUGAAUAAAAAGUAGCAAAAACGAGGCUUUGUAGUUACUACUUUGUAGUAUGAUCCACAUGUAGUAAAUUUGGUUUGGUAUGAAUAAAAAGUUUUUCGAACAUAGUAGUAAAUACUAUAUUCGAAAACAAAAAUGUAGUACUUACUACAACAACAAGAUGUCAACAUAUUUGGUUAUGUCAAAUAUUUGUUUACACGCGUUGUUUGGUGCAUCUUUUGGACUCUGAAAAAUGGCUAGCAAAUAUUUCCGCGAUAUGAAUUCGGAGGAUUUUUUCCCCGGAUUCGUGAAUGAUUCAAACGAUGAACGAUUCAUCAGUGCACCCGUUUCAUCACGCGUUGUGGACGAAGUGAAUGUGCAGCCAAUCGAGGAGCCACCCAUCCCGAUCGAUUAUGAUCCAGUGGAAUUGAUGGAAGACAACGAGACGGUGUAUGCACCGGUGGAUGCAAAUGUACCUGAGGCUGAAGGUGAGGAACAGUUUGCCCCGAACCGAAUCAGCGAUGUCCUUUUCAGCACAGCAUUGGCAGACUGUGGAUCCGCGCUUUUGAAGAAGGCUGCUACACCGGCGAUGAAGAUUAAGAAGAAGAAGGCAAUGCAGGAAGUUAUUGACUACAUCCUUCUUCGGAAGGGUGUCAAAGCCACAGAGCAGCAGAUUCUGAAGAAAAUUAAUAACAUGAAGAGCCGUAUCAAAUCCAAAACAGAUUUGAAGGCGACUGGAAACAAAAAGAUUGUACUCAACGAGGGAGAAAAGAUCUUUUUCAAGCUGAUGGGUGCAGAAGAAAACCCGACAGUUGUCAAAUUGUCAUAUGGUACUUCCGCCGGUGCAUCAGGUGGCGUGCACACUGGUUCAUCUACUUCAGCCGGCCCUCCAUCCGCGCCACAAGACCCAAAUGUGGAAGACACAGAAUAUGCUCCACCAGCUUCAUCGGAUCCGGAAGAUUUCGAAGGAGAGAUUGCUUCUCCCUCUUUAAAUGCAACUCCAGUACUACCAAAAAGACAUCAGAAGCGCUCUAAACAACAGCAUGAAACUCCAACAACAUCAACACUGACCCUAGUAGAGCUGCAACGCCACGUACUAUUGAAGCAGUUGGAAGUGUUUGAAGAACAACGGCUUGUAUACCAGCGAAUGGGAGAGACCUUAACUAAAGUGGACCAGUACAUUGAAAUGCGCAUGAAUACCACAGAUUAAUGUUUUUUUAAACGAUUUUAUUCAGAAUAGAAUUCAAAAAGAAAAAAAAAUGUUAUAAUACAUU